AAUUGCAAUUAUCUUGACAUUUGUUGGUUCAACUUCUGGGCUAACUUCAUGUAGGUAGGGCCCUAUAAAGAUCUCUACAGUGCCUUAGUGUAGGUACGUCUAAUUGAUUUGAAGGAAGAUUGUUUUUAUAACUUAUUUGGACAAGGAGGCAAUCAUUUUGUGACGCUACGAAGUGUAUGCUUUAUUUUAGUUUCUGUUUAAUAUCCACGGACAGUACUCUCCAUCUAAAGUCAUGUUAGUGGUUAUGUAGGUAAUAAAUGUGCCGUCUUUCCAUUACAGGUUUUGAGGCUGAUACUAUAAAUUCUGUGCAGUCAAAUCAUACUGGAUAUAAAACUUAUCGUGGCCAAGAAUUAAACGAAAGUAAUUUGGCAAAAUUAAUAACUGGUCUUGUUGAGAAUGAAUUGCAUAAUUAUUCACAUCUAUUAAAUGGUUACAUCGGAUGUCCAAUGUUUUUAAACCCUAAGUCUAAUAGGAUGGCAGAAAGAGCAGUACAAACUGCCAAACAAAUGCUUAGAAAAACUGAUUUUGAGAAAAAAGAAAUAUUAGACAUUUUGCUUGAGUAUAGUUGUACAACUUUACCACUUUACCACUUUACUUCACCAUGUGAGUUAGUCAUGAGUAGACUUUUAAGAACCAGGAUGUUAAACUAUCAAGCCAACUAUAAAGAAUAUUAUGAUAAAAUAACUAAAUUUAAAGAUAAGUUUAAUGCAAAUGAUGAUGUGGUUGUAAAUGAAAGAAGAGUAUUGUUACCUUGUAAAAUUUUAAGUAAAUUAGAAAAUUAUCCAUGGUCAUAUGUAGUCAAGCUACAAAACGGGUAA